GCUUACUGUCCACUGACCAACGGUUCCUCGAGAACAUUGUCUCUGUGUUCAUCACACUAAUGGGGUCCUCACGGGCACUAACUGCUGCUGCUGCUGCUGCUCAGGGAAGCAGGCCAGGGACAGUCUCAGUCAACUGGAGUGUCACAAGUACCAGGCUGGGCCUGUUGGGCCUGCUGAGUCAGCUUGCCUUGUUAACACCGACCUAGAUCUGUUUCCAGGCUAUGUGGAAAGAAAGGUCAGCCAGCCAUUCUUUUAGGAGCUAGAGUGCAGUUUGAUGAUAGAGCACCUGCCUCGUAUACCUAAGGCUCUGGGUUAAGUUUCUAGCACUAUAAUAAGAAAGCUACGACAUCAAGAACAGAUUCCUGGGAAAGAGUUAUGAGGUGAUCUCAGAGGCCAGCAGUGCUUAGGGAGGUGAGAACACAGCUUGGUGUUUGUGGAAUGUGUCCUGGUUGUGGUCAACCAGAAAGAAACCAUUCCUGCGUUUGAUGGCCAGGCAGGCAAUUGGAAGCCAAGUGCCAUGGGUAGUCCAGUGAUAGAUUUCUGAACCCCUGAACCUAUGUAUCCAGCAUCAUUCACUUACUUUAAAACAGCCAGUUGCUGCCUCUGGAGGAGGUAGGUUAAAGUGAACGUAGGCAAUGAAGGCGUGGCCAUCAGCCAGAGCAGCGGCCAGCAAGCAGGGACCUUCCCACAAAACACCCUGGCUCCAGCAUCACAGCACUGGGCCAGCUGAUUGAAAUCAAGGUGCAUGGCUGCCUCAUCCUUCGGUGAUGCUGAAGCUACAUGGGCACUGGGACUACUCAUUGAUUAAAGUGAGGAGGAGUCCUCUUCCAGAAACCACACUGCCUUCAUAUGGUUAGCACAAGAAGUACUUAGCCCCAACACAGAAUGUGUGCUGGACACAAGUACAUCAUACAUAUCACCAGAUGUGGUCUGGGUGGACAGGGAGGUCUGGGUAAUAUGAACAGACCUCUAGCCUGUUCACUUCUGUGGUCCAGCCCUUGCCAUGGGCUAGGCUUGUCUGUGUUGAACCACAGCCUAGCUUGGAUAAACAACUACUAGCUCAGGUAAGGAAACCAUAGGAAAAGGCCCCUGACUGCAGGCUGGAAGCCUUACACUCCCCAAGUUAAGAAGAACUGAGCCUACUAACUGCCUUGCUGUUUGCUCUCAGGUAACAAAGUCUCAGAGUGAAGAAGACCCUGGAGAAAUGUGUAUAUUUGGGCAUGUGUGUAUGCAUGUGCGUGCACACACACACACAUCAGAAUAGCCCAUGUAUGGGGCUGGUGGCCAUUACUGGGAGGAGAGGAAGGAGCUAGCACUAGGAUGUUCCCCAAGAUCCUCAGGAAGAAGGCUGUUUCCUCUCCUGCUAGAUCUCUGGAGGAGGCAGGCUGAGCCUCUUGGGCCUCGUGUGACUGGCCCACAAAGCACCUUUGCUGCACCCCUUGGCCAGGACUAUAGCUCUCUGCUUCCCCUGCUUAGAGCCUCCUCAGGCUUCCCAUGGUCUGCCACGGUGUCCACAAGUUCCCAGCCUGCUCCUCUGUGCUCAGUAGGGAAAGAGAUGGGUGGCAGACGUUCCAAAACAGCAUUUCUAACCUAGCACCAAAGUCCUACCUCUCCAUGGGAAACAAAGGUCUGCCACAUGCCUCCUGCACCCCUGCAUGCAGGCUGCUCUCAACAUCGGAACUCAACAGAUGCCUGAGAACUCUGUGUGCUUGCUGAAGAGCCCAAGGCCCCUUGGUCACUUGGCUACCACGUCUCCUAAGUCAGUCAGAGCUGUCACAGUAAAUGGCUUCCUUCCCCCCUCCCUACUCCCCCAUCAGUAGAAGACAUUCUAAAUGGUCCAUUUAUUGCAAGCUUUUUUUUUUCUCUUUUGAUCGCUCUCAGCCACGUCCUUGUCCUUAUCCUUUCUUCUGCAUCUGAGCAGGACACCUACCUUCCUGCUGUGAAUAGCUGUGUGCUGCAUUCCAGGGUCCACUGACUCACAGGGAUAGGGCUAGGUCAGAAGCACCUCUAGGGUGAAAGACGUGCUUUAAUAAGAGGAAGGUCACUGGGUAUCAAAGCCUGGAGGCAUGCAGGCAUUCCGGCCCCACUGACUAUCUCUCAGCAGUGUGACCUAAACCCAGGUGCUGACCUCCUCCCUGCCCCCUGCUUCCCCACCCCCCACCUUCUGACAGUCUGUUGGAGGAUGGAGAAUGAAUGUCAACAAUUUUGGCACUGUACCCAUCCCGAGCACAUGCUGUGAGGAUGCUCAGUCCCAGAAUGGAGAUCCAACAUAACUUCCCUACUCUGGGGGAUGUGACAGAACCAAAGAGGUGAGCCUGGGGCCAAGCAGCUCACUGAUUUGUCAGCGAGGCUGUUAGCUUUUAAAACUAGACAGGAAGGAAGGUUGAGGUGGAGGACAGGAAGAGCUGAGGGGCUGCAGUGACAGUGGGUGGGCUCCUGGGGACUACAGGAUGUGGUAGGUCUGUCACUCCCAGCCCUGGCGUGAUCAGUGUGAUAAACUCCCCUGAUCUCUUCAGAGAAGGUUUCCUCAGCUCUGGACAGACCAAGGUCUCAGCCUCAGCUGACCUGCCACUGACUACCCAAGGCAUUCAGCCAUAAACAUGGCCUCCCGCUCACUGGAGCAGAGCUGUGCCCAGGAGCAUGCAGGCGGAGCCCUUUAGCACCCUGGAGCAGCCACCAUGGCAGGAAGGAGACAACAUAGGUUCCCCAGGGUCAGUCCUGGCUCUGUAUUCACAACUUCUGGCUGCAAACACAGACUCCACGAGGAAGCAAGAGGUGUGGACAGACAGAGAGACAUGCCUGGCCUACAGUGUUGGCUCCCCAGCUGAGCAGGUGAAAGCCCUUGUGGAUCUGCUGGCUGGGAAGGGCAGUCAGCUGCUACAAGUCCGGGACAAAAUGCCAGACUCCCCACUAGGAUCCCAGAGCAAUGAGUCAAGGAUACCGAAGCACUCUGAGGCUCUGCUGAGCAGGGUGGGAAAUGACCCAGAACUGGGCAGCCCCUCACACCGGCUGGCCAGCCUCAUGCUGGUCGAGGGCCUGACAGACCUGCAGCUAAAGGAGCAUGACUUCACACAGGUGGAGGCCACGCGUGGGGUCUGGCACCCUGCCAGAGUUAUCACCCUGGACAGGCUCUUCCUGCCUCUGUCCCGGGUAUCCAUCCCACCUCGAGUCUCUCUCACCAUUGGAGUGGCUGGUGUGGGCAAGACCACGCUAGUGAGGCAUUUUGUUCAUUGCUGGGCCAGAGGACAGGUGGGCAAGGGCUUCUCACGGGUUCUGCCCUUGACCUUUCGGGAUCUCAACACCUAUGAGAAACUGUCUGCAGACAGACUCAUCCAAUCCAUCUUCUCAAGCAUUGGGGAAGCUAGUCUGGUGGCCACAGCCCCAGACAGAGUCCUCCUGGUCCUGGAUGGCUUGGAUGAGUGUAAGACACCCCUGGAAUUCUCCAAUACCAUGGCCUGCUCAGACCCAAAGAAGGAGAUCCAGGUAGACCACCUGAUCACUAACAUCAUCCGAGGCAACCUCUUUCCAGAAAUUUCUGUCUGGAUCACCUCCCGGCCCAGUGCUGCUGGUCAGAUCCCUGGGGGCCUAGUGGACCGGAUGACUGAGAUUCGGGGCCUUACUGAGGAAGAGAUCAAAGUGUGUCUGGAGCAGAUGUUUCCUGAGGAGCAGAACCUCUUAGGUCAGGUCCUUAGUCAAGUGCAGGCCAACAGGGCUCUGUAUCUGAUGUGCACUGUACCAGCCUUUUGUAGGCUCACGGGGCUGGCUCUGGGUCACUUGUAUCGCACCAGGCUGGCCGUCCAAGACAUAGAGCUGCCAUUGCCUCAGACCCUGUGUGAGCUCUACUCUUGGUACUUUAGGAUGGCUCUUGGUGGGGAGGGCCAGGAUAAGGAAAAGGUAAGUCCUAGGAUCAAGCAGGUGACCCAGGGAGCUCGCAAAAUGGUGGGGACAUUGGGCCGCCUGGCCUUCCAUGGGCUGGUCAAGAAGAAAUACGUGUUUUAUGAACAAGACAUGAAGGCAUUUGGAGUGGACCUCGCUCUGUUGCAGAACACUCUGUGCAGCUGUCUCCUGCAGCGGGAAGAGACCCUGGCCUCCUCUGUAGCUUACUGCUUCAUUCACCUGUCUCUGCAAGAAUUUGUGGCAGCUACAUAUUACUAUAGUGCAUCCAAGAGGGCCAUCUUUGACCUCUUCACCGAGAGUGGCAUGUCCUGGCCCAGACUGGGUUUCCUCGCCCAUUUCAGGUGUGCAGCCCAGCGGGCCACACAAGCUAAGGAUGGAAGGCUGGAUGUGUUUCUGCGCUUCCUCUCUGGCCUCUUGUCCCCAAGGGUCAAUACUCUGCUGGCCGGCUCCCUGUUGUCCCAAGGCGAGCAUCAGAGCUACCGGGACCAGGUGGCUGAGGUCCUACAAGGCUUCCUUCAUCCUGACGCUGCAGUCUGUGCACGUGCCAUCAAUGUCUUGUACUGCCUAAGUGAGCUGCGGCACACAGAACUGGCCUGCAGUGUGGAGGAGGCCAUGCGGAGUGGGACCUUGGCUGGGAUGACCAGCCCCUCACACCGCACUGCUCUGGCCUACCUCCUGCAGAUGUCUGACAUCUGCUCCCCAGAGGCUGACUUCUCCCUGUGUCUCAGCCAGCAUGUCCUCCAGAGCCUGCUGCCCCAGCUGCUCUAUUGUCAAAGCCUCAGGCUGGACAACAACCAGUUCCAGGACCCUGUGAUGGAGUUGCUGGGCAGCGUGCUGAGUGGGAAGGACUGUCGCAUUCGAAAGAUCAGCCUGGCUGAGAAUCAGAUUGGUAACAAAGGAGCCAAAGCCCUGGCCAGAUCCCUCCUGGUUAACAGAAGCCUCAUCACACUGGACCUCCGGAGUAACAGCAUUGGACCACCGGGGGCUAAGGCUUUGGCCGAUGCUCUGAAGAUAAACCGAACGCUAACUUCUCUAAGCCUCCAAAGCAACGUGAUCAAGGAUGACGGUGUCAUGUGCGUGGCUGAGGCCCUGGUCUCCAACCAGACCAUCUCCAUGCUACAGCUACAGAAGAACUUAAUUGGGCUCAUAGGAGCCCAGCAGAUGGCAGAUGCCCUGAAGCAGAACAGGAGCCUGAAAGCACUCAUGUUUUCCAGUAAUACCAUUGGCGACAGAGGUGCCAUAGCCCUGGCUGAGGCCCUGAAGGUGAACCAGAUCCUGGAGAACUUAGACCUACAGAGCAAUUCCAUCAGUGACAUGGGAGUGACGGUGCUGAUGCGAGCCCUCUGCAGUAACCAGACACUCUCCAGUCUCAACCUGCGAGAAAACUCCAUCAGCCCAGAGGGAGCCCAGGCCCUCACUCAAGCUCUCUGCAGGAACAACACUCUGAAGCACUUGGACCUGACAGCUAAUCUCCUCCAUGACCGAGGUGCCCAGGCCAUUGCAGUAGCUGUGGGAGAAAACCACUCCCUCACACACCUUCACCUGCAGUGGAACUUCAUCCAAGCUGGUGCGGCCAGGGCCCUGGGACAAGCACUCCAGCUGAACAGAACCCUGACAACCUUAGACUUACAGGAGAAUGCCAUAGGGGAUGAAGGAGCUUCCUCAGUGGCUGGCGCACUGAAGGUGAACACAACCCUCAUUGCUCUCUACCUACAGGUGGCCUCCAUUGGUAGCCAAGGGGCCCAGGCACUUGGGGAGGCCCUCACUGUGAACAGAACCUUGGAGAUUCUUGAGCUUCUCACUUGCCCUGACAGCUUACGAGGAAACGACGUUGGGGCAGCUGGAGCCAAGGCCUUGGCAAAUGCUUUAAAGUUAAACUCCAGUCUCCGAAGACUCAAUCUCCAGGAGAACUCACUGGGGAUGGAUGGGGCCAUAUUUGUUGCCUCUGCACUGUCUGAGAACCACGGUCUGCACCAUAUUAAUCUCCAGGGGAAUCCCAUUGGGGAGUCUGCUGCCAGGAUGAUCUCAGAGGCCAUCAAGACAAACGCUCCCACAUGCACUGUGGAAAUAUAAGGAAAGUUCCUGGAGGACCAUGCAGACUCAGCCAGAAGCUUCUUCUCAGAGACCUCUGCUCUCUGCAAGUCUUCCUGGAGUCGGAGAUGCUGCUGGGCCAGCUCUAAAGCUGCUCUCAACAGGAGGGGAAGGCGCUCCAGCAGAGUUCACAGGCAUCUUGCCUGCCCAGGGUCAGCCAAAGGAAAAUGGCUAUUGUUUUGGGAUGAAGAAGGGAAGGGUCUGCCACCAGGGUCUGGCACUCAGGAGCAAAGUCUCAAAGCUCCACAAAGUAGGAGGUUGGUCCUGGCUUACUCAUCCCCAGGGUCUCCACAUGACCCAACUCAAAAGAACAUAAGACAAGAUAAUGACAGUGUUCCUGCCCUGCACACUCACAUGGCUGGCACCAUCAGUCUCUGCAGUGUUCCUGCCCUGCACACUCACACGGAUGUUACCAUCAGUCUCUGUAGUGUUCCUGCCCUGCACACUCCCAUGGCUGGCACCAUGAGUCUCUGCAGUGUUCCUGCCCUGCACACUCACAUGGCUGGCACCAUCAGUCUCUGUAGUGUUCCUGCCCUGCACACUCCCAUGGCUGGCACCAUCAGUCUCUGCAGUGUUCCUGCCCUGCACACUCACACGGUUGGCACCAUCAGUCUCUGCAGUGUUCCUGCCCUGCACACUCACAUGGAUGUCACCAUCAGUCUCUGUAGUGUUCCUGCCCUGCACACUCCCAUGGCUGGCACCAUCAGUCUCUGUAGUGUUCCUGCCCUGCACACUCCCAUGGCUGGCACCAUCAGUCUCUGCAGUGUUCCUGCCCUGCACACUCACACGGUUGGCACCAUCAGUCUCUGCAGUGUUCCUGCCCUGCACACUCCCAUGGCUGGCACCAUCAGUCUCUGCAGUGUUCCUGCCCUGCACACUCCCAUGGCUGGCACCAUCAGUCUCUGUAGUGUUCCUGCCCUGCACACUCCCAUGGCUGGCACCAUCAGUCUCUGUAGUGUUCCUGCCCUGCACACUCCCAUGGCUGGCACCAUCAGUCUCUGUAGUGUUCCUGCCCUGCACACUCAUACAGCUGGCACCAGUCUCUGCAGACUUCAAGCCCACUAAGCACAUUAACUUGCCCAAAGGUGACAAUGGGUUCAUUUUUUCAA